AUGGAGUCUCCCCAGUUAGUGUGUUACCUUCUAAGGGGAGUGGAACUGUCACCCAUAGCAGGGCACACUACGAAGCAUCUAGUGAGCGUCAAUGGACGGUUACUGAUUGAGCUGGUGAGAGAGGGGGACCAAAGUGAGGUAGGUGACCUCCGACCUCCCCUCUGCACAGACACUCACCCCAGGUGCUCCGCUGCCCAGGGCCAGCCCUCCCUGGCUCAGUGCCCUCAUGGUACCCCCACCCCACCCCUGGCCUUAGCACCCAAGAGUUGUUACUACUUUGAACAUCCCCUGCCUCUCAAGAAACUUCCCUGUCCAGUUUCUUUCCUACUCAAAGUGUUAAAUUAG